AUGGCGGAGUCAACCGAAUCCAACAAGGAUAAUGGUAUUCAAGACCAUACGCCUCAUCGUCUUUCGACAAUCGAGGAGGCCUCGCAGGAGCCUCCGCAGGCUUCUGGGAACGACACGCCGAAGUACGAUGAAGAUGGUUUUCUCGAGGAUCAACAGGUCAAAAACCACAAGCUCACAGAGUAUGAGCAAACAGCCUCCAACGUCGGUCCUCAUGGAACCCGGCAAGGGGCUAUUACGAACGGCACGGCGGACACGGUUCUGUACGGCAAUUGGGAGCAGGACAACAACCUGCAGGACCUCGACCGUGCUUCAAGUCUGUCUCAACCCACCCCUCACCUUAUUCCUAUGGUUCUAACGCCAACAAAAGCCCCAGAGACUGUGAUUCGCUUCGGUUACCAUGGAUUCUAUGCCGAGUAUGACACCACCGACUCAGGGUCGUACUCGAGCUCAAUUCACGAAGGUAUAAAACGCCUAUUGCCUACCUGCUUCGAGUCGCCCUAG